GCGUUACGAGCAAUUAUUGAUCAUUCACAAUGGGGGCAAUGCAAAAAUCUAUUUCGAUUUUUGCUUGUACAUUUUUCCAAGAUGGCCGUACCGCAUUCAGUGUAGACACGAGAAAGUGCAGGAAAUAUUUUGCAAUAUUUUGGGUUGUUAUUCAAUAUAGAAAUACAUCAAAAUACUUUGUGCGUAAAGUUCUAAAGUGAAAGUAUACAAAUAUAUUAAAUUUUUUAAGAAUUCCACAUUAUUGUGAACGCUGUGGUGGAUAGAAUUUUUUUCAUUGGAUCGUUGUUGUUGCUUAAGCGGUGCAGUGGCGGCAGAAUAGCGCACUGUAGAAAAAAAUUGGUAAUACUCCAAAGAAAUUUUUGAAAAAAAUCUUAUCUAUUCCUUUUUUUUGUGAACUGUGCUAUCACAAUUGAAUAGUGACUAUAAGCAAACCAUUAAUAUAUUCACUACAUUGGCAAAUUGCAUGAUUAGCUAAUUAAACUUGACUGAUUGCAUGCAAGCGUACGCCUGGCAACGUAGAAUGCUUAUAAAUUUUUAUGUGGCGGCAAAAUUUUGACAUUAAAGCAACAACCACUUCAUACAACAACACAAUUUAGAAAUAUCUAAUAAAAACAAACAACGAAAAACAUUCAUAAAGAAGUGUGGCUUAAAUAGUGAAAUUGUUUGGCUGAAAGCAAAGAGCGAAUAAAAAGAAAGUGGUGAAAAUGAGUGAACUGAUUGAAGAAGGUGGUGUUAUGGAUACCGGCAGCGAUGAGGUGUUGUUAACGAAUGGUGCAAACGAGACGGACGAAGGAGUUGCCGAGUACUUGGAAGAGGUAAAGCACGACCCAAUGGUAGCUGACAACAAGUCAAUAAGCCCAAAUAAGCGCGGCCGUAAACCACGCAGGCCAGCAGAGGUAGAAGAAGAAGAUAAUUUAGAAGCGCUUGAAGAUGAGGACGAUGGUGAAGUUAUUGAACACAUUCUAGAAGACGAAGAUGAAGCUGAUGAAGAAGAGGAGGAAGAAGGCGAGAAUGAGGGGAAGGAGGUAGAUCAAAAGCCGGUUUUGCACAAACCAACCCAGUUGCCGAAAAAGCGCAAAGAUGUUGUAGUUAAGCAAAAUCCAAAUCUGGCUGUAAAAGAAGAAGAAGAUUAUGUGGACGAUGGCGAGCAACCCACGAGUACGGCACGCGAAGCAGCUAAAAUGGAGAACCAUGUCGAUGAAAAUCAAUGCCGCGUCUGUACCAGCAAGGACGAUCUUAUCAGCCUGUUCAAAACCAUCAAUAAACAAACAAUUGCAGAUAAAUUAAUGAAUAUAUGUCCGUCGGUGUCCAUUGCUCCAAAAGAUUUUAUGCCACAAUUUAUAUGCAAUACUUGCUUUGAUAAUGUAAACAUAGCUUUACAGUUAAAAACGCAGUGUGAAGAUACUGAGCGUGAAUUGAGAAAGAAACUUUCACGCAGCAAGAACAAAGUACGAAGACCGGCUGGUUAUGUGGUCAUAGAUGCAACGCUGGACUCUGAUCCCUCAGAUGAAGAACCUAAUGACGACGUAGAAUUUAAAGUAUCCGAUGAUGGUGGUAUAACUGCUGAGGAUGACUCGGACGAUUCUGAUUUUGGUACCACAACCAAAAAGAAACGUUCUCCACGCGGUGCAGGCGGUAGGCGAGGUCGACGCAAAUCAGCGGCGGCAACACCAGGUCCUAAAGUCAAGGAGAAAAAACGUAUGGGUAGGCCACCAACAAAGCGCCCACCACCACAAUCACCGACUAUAAUUAAGGACGAAAGUAGUGAAGACGAGUACGCUAAGCCGCAAAUGAAAAAACGUAAGAUCAAGGGUACACCGCCGUCCGAUGAGCUAGAAGAAAAGCCCACAGAAUACCCAUGCGAUGAAUGUGAACAAGUAUUUACGCGUAAACUAUCGUUAAUUCUACACAAGAAGGCGCAUCUGCAUCGCGAGCCACUUAAAUGCGAAGUAUGUGGACAAAUGUUCAAAAUUCAGGGUGCUUACCGUAAACACGUGCAAAAACAUAACGAAGAACCGUCAACAUUUGAAUGCCACAAAUGCGAAUAUACCGCUACUAGUAAGGCCGACUUACGUCGUCACUUAGUUGAUGAGCACGACGAACAGGGUGUCCUAUAUCAAUGUGAGAAGUGUAAGCGAAAAUUUGUAUCCGAAGUGCGUUUGGAAAAACACAAAGAGAUUCGUUGUCCGGGUCAAGAACGACCGAUGAAAAUGCGACACGAUGUUGAAAGUUACAGCGUGGGAAAGGACUUAUUCAAAUCGGUUGCGCCACUCACCACCACAUACUGGAGUGAUAGCUUUUCCGAUUAAAAACAUGCGGUCUUGUCUAUUUCUAUUAGAUAAGUGUAGUGUAAUGAGCUGUAAUCACUUUGGUUGCA